AUGGACAGACCAGUCUCUUUCAACACUCCGAGGGGUCUCCCCGAGCUUCCUGCUGAAGUGCUGUAUUGCAUUGCCGAUGAGCUCAACUACACCUGGGAUAUCAGCACGCUUUGUCUGGUGAAUCGACGCCUGUACAAUGUCCUUAAUCGUUACUUAUAUUUGUUCGACAAGCAGUACACACCGCAUUCAGUACUCCAAUGGGCCGUGAAAAAUGGCCGCCGGCCACUCGUCGAGAUGCUGCUCGACGAUUUUGUGCGCGAUGCGCCUGAGGGUAUGGCAGAAUGGUCCGCAGAAAUGCAGUCCGCCUCUAAGCAGGGCCAUGUACACAUCGCCGAGUUUCUGAUAGAGUUUGGAAGGAAUACCUUUUUAUCCUCCUUCCCGCAAAUGCUGCAGUCGGAGCUCCGGCCUUCGAUUGAUCAUGGCAACGAACUUAUAGUCCGACUAUUACUCCAGAAUCGGGCAUUGCCUGUGGAUCUGCAGACACCGGGUGCCGCGCACUGUCAAGAUUUCAAAAGCCUGUCUGUAGUAAAGACACUGAUUGAACUCACUCCGCCCUCUUCGACGGAGUUGGCAGUGAUAUUCCUCAACGCCCUUGCGUGCCCCGUGAGCUCGACCCCCGAGAUUGUCGAUUUAUGUUUCGACAGGGGAGCUGACCUGGCCACCAAAACCCAGGAUGGAAAGGGUCUCCUCCAUAUCGCCGUUCUUGGCCGCAACCCUGAAACAGUACGGCGUCUGCUCCAGCGCGGCGUGGGUCUCGGACUACCAGGUGGCACUCGUAUGGAUCCACUAAUGCUAGCACUUCGCAUCGAGAAACUGGAUAUCGCUAGAAUAUUGCUAGAACAGUUAAAUGCGGACGAGAUCCUUGCCGACGGCAGAGAGGUACAGCCAUUCCUCAUCAUUGCUGCAGCCUGCGGGUCAGACUCUAUUGUGCAGCAGCUUCUCCAGAGCAGCCUUGCACCGGAUAUUUUUACGCCGCGCUCUUACCCCCAAACCCCCGGAAACAGAGCACUUGUGUCGGCUGCCAGCUUUGGGCAGGUCCCCAUCGCCAGGUUGCUCCUGGAGCAAGGCGCCAAACCGCACGCAAUGACCCUGCUCUGUGCGCUAGAAGACGGAAGCGUACCGAUGGUCAAAAUGUUACUCGAGGCAGGGGCCGAUCCGAAUUACACGAGUCCACACACGCUUCGGUCCGCAUGGCGUGUUUCCGCAAAGGACGAGGCUUUGUUUAGCCUUAUGCUCGCGCAUGGUGCUGGAGAGCCUCCCGCGCAGUGGCCUGAACGGAUAUGGGAAGACGCCAUGAAAGGAGGCGUAGCCCAAACCCAGAUGCUGCUGGAGCGAAGAGAACCACCAGAACGGGAUAGCUAUUUCUUCCUUUCCAACGCAGUGGAUGCGGGUGUUCCCAUGCUCGAGCUUCUAUACGGCGACGAAUCUAGACUCAGCAGAGAAGAUAUACGCGGUCUCGAUAACCAGCCAUCACUACCCCUGCAGGCUAUCCGUAACGGAGAUCUCGCAGCGUUUAGCUGGCUGGUGAGGAAAGGAUUCAGCAAGAUACUAUCAGAGCACGCGUUGUGCGAACUCUUGUGUGCGCUGUUUGUGUUCUUGGACAUGGACGACGCCGUGCAGGGACUCGACUUGCUAUUGGAGUAUGGUGCGGAUAUAAACGCUGAAGGAAUGACCGGCCAUCGUGCAAUCUGGGUCGCCACGGCCUACCGCCUGUCUAAAUCGGCUUUGAAGGUAUUGCUGAAGCGCGGUGCUGAUCCAAGUCUAUGGCCUGACGAGACUCCUGAGCACGUUGCUGAGCUGCUGUCGUCUGGCGCUUCGCUGCCGGCUAGCCGAACUGUUGGGUUUCUUCUGAAGAAGAUGCUGCCCGUCUGGAAUUGGGACGAUAUGAGGGAGCUGUUGUCAAGACUGAAAUCUCAGGCAGAUGACAGCGAGGACUGGCGGCAGGUGAGAAUCCUCGAACGGUUUGAAUAUAAACAUGGGGUUGGCUUUUAG